AGGUGCGGCCUCCCAUAUGACAUUGCCAAGGACGACAUGUUCCAGCCGUUUCUGCUGUGGGAGAUCCAGCAGUACAGAAAAAGCCAAGGAUCGGAUGAUUUGGACGAGGAGCUGCGCCAGCGUGAGAAGCUCGAGUGGUUUGAAGAUCAGCCGGAGGAGCUUCGGUGGGAGCUCCUGCAGAAGGCCAUGGACCGCAGGCCCAUCAUUCUGAACCGCGCUCCCACAUUGCACCGGCUUAGCAUGCAGGCAUUCUUGCCCCAGCUGGUCAGCGGAAAGGCACUGAAAAUCCACCCACUCGUGUGUGGCCCUUUCAAUGCUGACUUCGACGGGGACACCAUGACCAUCCACCUGGUGCUCAGUGAGGCGGCCAAUGAAGAAGCCCGAGAGCUGAUGCUGCCCUCAAGGAACCUGAGCUCGGCUGCCUCGGGGGAUCCCAGCAUUGGGCCCUCCCAGGACAUGGUGCUUGGGCUCUACUACAUGACGCUGCCGGCGCCGGAGUCCGAUGUGCCACCAGAGGUGUGCAAGACCCGAGAGGAGUUGGAGUCCGUGCUGACUGCCUGCGCGGCGGGUGAACUGCCUCAUUCCCGGGAGCUCCUGGUUCCUCAAAAGCUCCUCAGCGAGCUGGUGCCGGAGGACUCCGCCUUGGCCGAGCAUCCUGAGGAUGAGAUCAGGAUUACUGCUGGACGGGCCCUUCUGACUUUGAAUCUGCAUACCGGGUUCGCUCCACCCACACGCUCUCACGCGGAUUUGCUGGAUUGCCUGGAGACGCGGCGCCGCUGGCGCCGCUGGAUUGAGUUUCAUUUAUUCCCGCCCAAAAAGCUCGACUGGAAGCGCCGGAAGUGGGGAGUCGUGGGCGACCUGUCUGUCAGGCUCAUCGCGCAGCUUGGUAGCUUUUCGCAUCAGGAUGGCUGGCUUUCGCAAUCCCCACAACCUUCCGGUCAAGGACUGCAUUGUUUGUGGGCGUCCCUUUACCUGGAGGAAAAAGUGGGAGCGAUGCUGGGACGAGGUGACCACAUGCAGCAAUCGGUGCAGAACCGCCGGCGUGGCAAGGCCAAAGAGAGCGGUGCCGCGGCCGCGCUGGGCGCAGGGGCAGCCGUUGCGGUAGCACGGAAGAAGGUAGCCAAGUCCGAGGAGGGCGAGGAGUCGGCCGAGCCUGAGAGUGACUCUGGCAACGAAGCGGGCGACACCGGCGAUGCACCGGCAAAGGCGGAAGAAAAUCCGGGUGCCGACACGGAGGAGUCGCAAGAUGAGUCCGAGCCGGAUGCACGGACAGCGCGGAAGCAGCGAAAGGCGGCGCUCAAGGCUGAACGGCGUGCACGUCGAGCACAGUCUCCGGAGGAGAAAGCCGCUGCCAAGCGGAAGCCGUGCAGCCUGUGCACUCGCAGGGUGGACUUGCUGGUGCGCUGUCAGAUGGACAUCUCGCAGAAGUGGCACAUGCUUUGUGGGCGGUGCUGGCGGGAUGCAUCUGGAGGGGUGCCUGACGGCGACGCGGAGCAUCCCCACUACCGCUACGGCGGCCUUUGGAAGAACCGUGCUGCAAAGGUGGCGACGCCGAACUUUGGUGCGACACGGGCCAAGGAGCCGCCUGGAUCAAAGGCCAGUGACGUGGAGGAUGAUGGCCUGGAGGACGAGCGCUUGCUGCAAGAAGCCUACAAAGGCGGUUGA